AUGACUACAUUCAAUAUAGUGACGGGCCUCGAUUUGGAGAGCGCAAGACGGCGUGACGUAAACAAUGUGGAGAGCUGGAGGAGAUUGUUUUACAAAUGCAGCUACUGCUUCUGCCUAUGUGAUGAACCGGGUCCAAGGUCUGAUCGAUACUUCAAUCUUCGACCAGUUGUAUCGGAUGUGUGGGAUAACAAAGUUGUGACUGGAGUGCGGUUUGUGAAGAAGAAUCGCAUAAUCCAUUUGCAAAUACAACAGGGUCAACUCUUACCCCGAGGUGCGAUCAACGAAUCAACUGUUGAGUGGAAGCCCAUUGAUGACUACAAAAUCGAUGAUUUCAAUGUGACCGAGGGAGUGGACUAUCAUGCAAUGAGUUAUGAAAACCGACGCUUGAAUCUGGGUGAUAUAACACAUACAUAUAGAACAUAUAUUGUAGACGGCGUGAGUUUUAGUCGCAAGCACGUUUAUAGGAAUCACAAACACGCGCGCAAAGUUGUGUUACUUUUGACUAAGGGAAUGAAAACCAAUUCAGAGUUCCUUAUCACUGCCAUUGCGGCUGAUAUUGAUGAUCUUUAG